AGUGGCAUCUACUGGGCUCAUCAAACUGAGGAAAACUUUAUGAAAACUUAAGGUUUUGAUUAAUUAAUAACAUGCACAAAACCAGGACUGUCAUUUAAAGUCACUUUACCGGCACGCCUUGGUUCAUCUUUACCUGAUUGUGUUACUGCGCAAAAGUGGACCGUGGAAACCGUUGCAUGAGCUGUGAAGACAUCGCAUCAGUGGAUAUUGAUUGGCGUGAGGUUGCUGCCACAUAAGCUUAGUUCUGAGCUCUUGCAUUUGUUUAAAUGAGGAGGCAAGAACUGUUGACACAGACAGCCAUGCAUCUAAUCCAAAGUGGAUGCGCAGUGAUGGAUUAAUCACUUUUUUGAAGGGAUCAACUCAUGCGACUUUCAGCAGCCAGCAUCGCGGUGCCCUGAUCAACUCCUCGUGAGGAUUACAUACCACCAACCUUUAACUGUUUUAUCCCCUUUUUCUCAAGAUGUCAUCGGGGUAUUUUAUAAGGUCACUGCUAAUGCUCUUUCUCGCGCUCUUCUCCGCCAAUGCAAGCAACUGGCUAUACCUGGCAAAGCUGUCAUCAGUGGGAAGUAUUUCUGAUGAAGAAACAUGCGAGAAGCUCCGGGGACUCAUUCAGAGGCAGGUACAGAUCUGCAAGCGUAAUGUGGAGGUGAUGGAUGCCGUCCGCAGGGGUGCGCAGCUUGCCAUUGACGAGUGCCAGUUUCAGUUCCGCAACAGACGCUGGAACUGCUCGACGCUAGAGAGUGUUCCUGUCUUUGGAAAGGUGGUCACCCAAGGUACUAGAGAAGCUGCCUUUGUGUACGCCAUAUCUGCUGCCAGUGUAGCCUUUGCAGUGACUCGGGCGUGCAGCAGCGGGGAGCUUGACAAGUGUGGAUGUGACCGCAAUGUACAUGGUGUCAGUCCAGAGGGUUUCCAGUGGUCAGGAUGCUCUGACAACAUUGCCUAUGGGGUUGCUUUUUCACAGUCUUUUGUAGACGUAAGGGAAAGAAGUAAAGGACAGUCAUCCAACAGAGCCCUAAUGAACCUUCAUAAUAAUGAGGCAGGAAGGAAGGCAAUUCUGAACCACAUGAGAGUGGAAUGUAAGUGCCAUGGUGUUUCAGGCUCCUGCGAGGUGAAGACCUGCUGGAAGGCCAUGCCACCCUUCCGCAAAGUGGGCAAUGUUAUAAAGGAGAAAUUUGACGGAGCCACAGAAGUGGAGCUGCGAAAAGUGGGUACCACCAAGGUUCUGGUUCCACGGAACUCACAGUUCAAACCGCACACCGAUGAAGAUCUGGUGUACCUGGACCCAAGCCCAGACUUCUGCGAACAUGACCCCAGAACGCCAGGUUUACUGGGAACUGCAGGACGCUUUUGCAACAAGACCUCAAAGGCCAUCGAUGGCUGCGAGCUCAUGUGCUGCGGUCGAGGAUUCCACACAGAGGAGGUGGAGGUGGUGGACAGAUGCAGCUGCAAGUUCCACUGGUGUUGCUACGUCAAAUGCAAACAGUGCCGCAAGAUGGUAGAGAUGCACACGUGUCGGUGAUCCAAAAUUACCAAACUUUCUGGAAUGGGUCCCUCUUCCUCCAGCACCACUUCUCUACAAGCCCAGGGAAACUAGACUAAUACAAGAUGCAAGAAGGGAAGACAUAGACAUUCCUGGACAUUUCAUGAAAUGAUAGAACAUGUCAUACAUGAGACAUAAGAAUAUAGGGGCAAAUAUACUGUAGUUUUGAGACCCAAUUGAGAGUAUUUUUCUCUCUCAUUGUUCUGUUUUUGAUUGUGGUUGCUCUUAUUUUUUAUAUAUAUAUAUUUUUUUAACUUAUUGGAAUCAAAUAGAGAGUGAAUCUUUAAUGUGACAUGUGCCAGGGGAGUGCCAUUGGAAAUUGACCCAAACGGAUUAGGGGCACAUGAAUAUGGAGAAAGGUCAUGUUUGGGGCACUGGCUCUAAAAGCCUUUCUAUUGUUAAUGCUGCUUUGGGAUUUCAUCUCGAAAGAUGGACAUUGGACAUUGAACAGAAAUAUCAAACACUACAUAUUGAGAUGUAGUCCAGGUGUACAUCUACACUGCAAAAAAAUAAAAUAAAAAAGAAAACACUUUCUUACUCAAAAACUGUUCUGUCUUGUUAUAAAAGCAAAAUGACCUAAAUUUAUUAUACUGAAAUUAUAACAAAAUUUAGUGAGGUUUAUGCUCAAAACGAGUAACAACUUUGUCAAUGAGUUAAGAAAAAUAAACUUGUUUUCCUCUUUUGAAUUACAUUUAUUUUUCUUAACCUAUUGGCAAAUAAUUUUGAAUGUUAGAUUUUCUUGUUUUAACGCUACACUACGUAGAUUUCUUCAAUUUCACAUUUGAUUUUCCAUUAGAAAUGAACAAAAUACCUUUUUUGAGCCAGUCCAUAAAACAAUCAGUGUUCAAAACGGCGUUCUUGCCUUAAGCAAGAGUCAUUACAGUACGCCUACGAUAAUGAUUUUUCAUUCAGAGUUGUUGGGUUUGAUUUGCAGGAAAAUUUCACGCUUCCGUUAUUCAUCUUUACGCACUUACAUCAUGCCAGUUAAAUAAAUAAAGAAGGUCAAAUCUGACAGAGCAAUCGUUAUCUAAAUUUACCAUUGCCUAAGGCCAGAAACAUACCUUGAGCAAGUAUGCGUACACUGCAUUGCCUACAUGCGUUCUUGCGUUACUAUUGUGGUAAAAAUCAUCAGUACUCAAGGGGCGAUAGAGUUGCUUUUAAAGUUUGUUUCAUUAAACUGUACGAGUUAUUAUACAGGUAAGCUGCAAUAAAUAUAUUUACUUUCACUUACUUGCUCUGCAAUAUUUUUUAUUUUUUGUUCAAACUGUUGCUCCGUCAUGACAUUAGUUCGCUUAAUUAAUUCAGGCUAUACAUGCAAUAGCGCCAGUUGUGUCAGUGUUGAGAAUGCAACACGCACUUCUCACCUUGGGUUAUGAUUUGCGAUCUGAAACAUUUUGUAACGCAACAAUGCACAAAAUUAGGCUUCAGUUACAGGAAGUGCCUGCAUGUACAUGCAUAUAGUAAAUUUGGCCUGAAAUUUUGUAAAAUAAUUUAUUUUGUACAUUUUCUGUAGGUCAAAACAACAUCGGCAGAUAUGCUACUUAGUUGCUUAGAUUACAUAUUUUUUAGAUAUACGUCUUGUAGGAUGUUGGUGUAGCUAGUGAGAUCUGCUUUGCCAUGGUGAUCACAGGCAACCAUGAAUAUGCCUCAAACCAUGAGAUUUAUCCAUACAGAAGAUUAUAUAAAUAUACAUUUCUAACAUUAUUGUUCUCUGCAACUAAACUAGCAACUAGCAAAAAAUUUGCAUUUUUACAUUUCAACCACAGAUGUCGAUAGAGAGCCCAGAAUUCAUGUGUAAAUCUCACAAAAUUUAGUUCGAUUUCUGUGAAAACAAGACUUAAUAUCUUGUUUUUGAGAUAUUUUAACAGAAAAACAAGACAAAAAUAAGGAGUAAGAAAUUGGUUUUCUGCAGUGUAUUUUCCAAGAAAAAGUAGAAUUUUUUAGAUACUUGUGGCCAUUCAUUCCUGUAUAGCUGUAAUGCUGCUUGAAUUCCAGAAUCACUCAUCAAUAAUGUACAGCUUUGGUCUUCCGUAUACAAACAUUAAAGUCCCCUCUUUUUGUAGGGAUGUAAACAAGCUCCAAUCAAGACGAAGUGGAAAUAUCACAAGUGUCGUGCUCUUUCACUCGGCAGUUAAGAAAACUCUGAUUUAACUGCUGAAAAAGAGUGUUCUGAAAAUAAAACUGUGUUGAAUUAAGUCAUUAGUUAAAAAGCUAUUGACUCAGACACAGUCAGCAAGCAAAUCACUGUUGCUGAACCUGCAUCCGAGGCAAAGCAAAAAUGGCUAACAAAAAUUGUUUACUCACGUUGACUUGGGGUGCUUGGGAUAUGGAUUCUGUGCACAAUGACUCUAGCACUUUUCCUCUCCAGAUGCACAUACUGUACCAAAUAACUGCACAAAUUUCCCAGCAUUCCCUGCUCGAUUAAACAGACUAAGUGAAUUAAUUAUUGAUGGCAAAUAUGUACAAUACCAUAACACCAAGCUUUUCUAUAGUAAAAACUGCUAUCCAGUAUGCUUUAAAGAAACAUAGAUUUGUAAAGACUUAUACACUGAAGAGGACUAUAUUUCAUAUGAAUGUAUGUUAAAUUGAAAUAUAUGCUGUGUCAAA